AGAGCACAUCAACGGCGGAAUUUCCAAUACAGACAGGCCCAUACAGCCGUUUUUGCUACGUUUCUAAACAUUUUCCUUUGGCAAAAUACAAUUGAAUAGUCUUCGUUGACUUCAAUAAUUUCAUAUCUUUUUAUAAUCACCAAUCCCAAUCUUCUACAAAGAUAAAAAUGCAACCCAUCUUCAUCACCUUCAUUCUACUCAUAAUCUCCAAUCUUCUCUCUUCCUCUCAUGCCGAUGUAGGCACCGCUGCUUUUUACGACCCUCCGUAUCUACCGACGACUUGCUACGGCAACGACGAGUCUCAGUUCCCGUCGAAUAAUUUAUUCGCGGCGGCCGGAGAUGGGAUAUGGAACAAUGGCGCGUCGUGUGGAAGGGAAUAUUUGGUGAGAUGUAUUAGUGCUUCGGAGGCUAGUUCUUGUUUCCCCGACCAGAUUAUUCAAGUCAAGAUUGUUGAUUAUGCUCUUUCUUCCGUUUCCCCUCCUUCCGAUUCCGGCACCACCAUUGUCUUAUCGGCGACGGCUUUUGGAAAUGUCGCUAAUUCUUCUACCUCCAUCAACAUUGAAUUCCAACUAGUAUGAUGGAAUUGAAGUGGAGAGAACUCAUGAAGUUGCUGCUUAAGAGGAUGUAAAGUAGUCAAAUAGGUUUUCCUUCUGUGAUUUAUUUGUAAAGUUACUUUAAAUUGUUUGUGUUUUGAAAUGAACCAAAUUUUGUAUCUAGUCCCACUUUUCAAUAAU